ACCUGUCUUCUGUUCCUCCUCUCCUCCUCCUCUCCUCUACCUGUCUUCUGUUCCUCCUCUCUCCUCCUCUCUACCUGUCUUCUGUUCCUCCUCUCCUCCUCCUCUCUUCUACCCGUCUUCUGUUCCUCCUCUCCUCCUCCUUUCCUCUGCCCAUCCUGGAGAUCACCAAGACGUUUGAGGUUAGGUUAGGCUGUCCUUGCCUAAGAAAGACAGAUGUACAAACACACUAGACUGCAGCAGAACCUGUCAUCAUGGUCAACCACUGUGCCUUACACUAUGUCAUUACUUUAAUCUCUCAGAUCAAUGUGAUUUAAAUGUGUACUUUUAAAGUUCCCUAUUAAUAUCUUAGAAAUGGACAUUUUAGAUGGGUGAGUUUGGUUAGGAGAUAUGUAAAGAUAUACAUUUGAAUAUAACUAUGGAUAAUGUUCAACUCUCUUAUGGGUGUGUAUAAACAGAUAGUGGGGGUUUUUAUAGUGCCAUUUUGUGGUGUUUCAAGAAUAUGACAGAUCUCUCUUUCUACAUAUCCUGUAUGACCGAAGAUAUUGUAAGGUAUUAGACAACCAAUUUAGACUGAGGAGACAUGCAAAGAAUAUCAUUGAUUGAUAUAUACUUGUCAUUCCUCCCAUGUCGUGCUUUUAUUCAUGUUAUCAAGGGUGUUUUCCAAUAUAGAAGAAGAUUGGUUGUAAAUGUUCAUGUUUGAGGUACUACAAACUAUUUUUUAUAAAUCCGUACAUUGGUCUCCUCUUGUUUUAAAUAUGUAAAUGAUUUGAAAAUGACAUCUAAAGAGUUCAUGCGUGAGAUAUAGAGAUCGAAUGAUAUGUCAGUGUGUGUGUGUGUGUGUGUGUGUGUGUGUGUGUGUGUGUGUGUGUGUGUGUGUGUGUGUGUGUGUGUGUUUUAGCGCCAGCGAACCAGGGGUGUUUAAAACUGCACCCAGGUGUUUAAAGAGAGCAGGACCGGGGCUGAGGUGAAUCACUCAUAAAUCCAUAGAGUCAUCCUGGGUUACACCUAUAUGAGAGAGAGAGAGACGGGGAGAGAGAGAGAGUGAGGGGGACGGGUAGAGAGAGUGAGAGAGAGGAGAAACAGAGCAAGAGAGAGGUAAAGGGGACAAAGAGGAAGAAGGAAAGGGGUCAGAGGACAGAGAGAAGGAAAGAGAAUAGAGGACUGCAGUUGAAGGAAAGAAGAAGACGGACACAACAAAACGCCUAUGAAGAGCUCUGGAAUUAAACACUAGAAGGGGCCCCAGUUACUCUAUUGGAACAGCCCAACAUUGACCUUUUGAGAGGUACCAACAAUGACCAUCCACCGUGCCAGCUGAGAACACAAGACAACCUAACCUCUGGAUACAGUCUGAGAGCUUCUGAACCACCACAAACUGACCAAUGACAACACACUGUCAACUCAGGACAUCAAGCUACUCCCAAGUCACCGCUGCGGUUCAAGUCCACUAGAAACUGAAGCGUCUGACUGUUUUUCUGUAUCGCCUGGGCUUCGUCCGGUACCCGCGGGAAGGAAAGGAUCAUGGGAGCUUGGAGGAGCUGGAGCGGGGACGUGGAAACAUCGGGAGAUAAGAGACACUCGAUGAGGUGGACUUGUCAGCCAUGUCCUGGUUCACCUUAAAGCUGCAGGUUAACAGUCGUAGUGGAACUGAAGCCACUGUUGAAGCAUCACUACACACGGCCUGUUUUCCUAUUGGAUUUAGAUUCAAUUUAGAUAAAGAGUCAGAAGGCCAAAGACGAUUUAUGUGUUUUCAAGUCAAAUUGUAUUUGUCACAUACACAGUUUCCAGCAGGUUUAAAAGGUGCAGUGACCUGCUGACGUGCUAUCUCCCUCAACAAUGCAGAACAAUGUGCUAUCUCCCUCAACAAUGCAGAACAACGUGCUAUCUCCCUCAACAAUGCAGAACAGUUGUUGUUUUUGUCUGGUUCUGUCUGUUUUUCACUGGAUCUUAUGCAGUGCACAAAGUCACUUCACAUUCUUUAUGAUUCUCUAUUCACUCCAACAUGGAGCUCUUUAAAAUCCGUUUGGAAUCCAUAAGCAACUCUUUAAAAUCUGUUUGGAAUCCAUAAGCAGCUCUUUAAAAUCCGUUUGGAAUCCAUAAGCAACUCUUUAAAAUCUGUUUGGAAUCCAUAAGCAGCUCUUUAAAAUCCGUUUGGAAUCCAUAAGCAACUCUUUAAAAUCCAUUUGGAAUCCAUAAGCAACUCUUUAAAAUCCGUUUGGAAUCCAUAAGCAACUCUUUAAAAUCCAUUUGGAAUCCAUAAGCAACUCUUUAAAAUCCGUUUGGAAUCCAUAAGCAACUCUUUAAAAUCCGUUUGGAAUCCAUAAGCAACUCUUUAAAAUCUGUUUGGAAUCCAUAAGCAACUCUUUAAAAUCCGUUUGGAAUCCAUAAGCAACUCUUUAAAAUCCAUUUGGAAUCCAUAAGCAACUCUUUAAAAUCCAUUUGGAAUCCAUAAGCAACUCUUUAAAAUCUGUUUGGAAUCCAUAAGCAACUCUUUAAAAUCUUUCUGAAUACUAAUAGUAAUAACAGUUUAUCCCAGUAAAGUGAUCACUUCAUUGUAGGGACGUGCUGGCCUUAUUUAUGAACUCAAACCUUUCCCCAACGAUGAACCAGAGCCAGACACCCAUCGUGACCUCCAUCUCACCCCAGUCAGGGCAUGGUUCUGGGGGCUCGGGCGGUGUCUCUGGAGGGGGUAGCUCCGGGGGUGGGGGUUUGUGGGUGACCUCUCUCCUCGGCGCUACCCUCCUAAUCAUGCUCGCCAUGGGGGUGGCGGGUAACAUCUACACCCUCUUCAUCAUGCGUUCCGCGGCUCUCCGCCGAUCCGGCUCUAUGUACGUCUAUAUACUCAACCUUGCCCUCGCCGACCUCCUCUACCUCUCUACGAUCCCAUUCGUCAUCUGCACCUACUUUGCUCACGAUUGGUUGUUCGGCGAGGCCGGUUGCCGGGUCCUCCUGAGUCUCGAUCUCCUCACCAUGCACGCCAGCGUCUUCGUCCUGGUCGCCAUGUCGUUGGAGCGCUACCGGGCCGUGGCGAAGCCGUUUGGCGCCCGGCGAUCCAGCACGCGAGGACGGAAGGUAGUGGCGGCCGUCAUCUGGUGCGCGGCGUUUGUCCUGACACUACCCAUGAUGAUUAUGAUACGGCUGAGGGAAGGGAAGUGGAACGCGGCCGGGAACGCCAAGCGGAUCUGUUACCCGACGUGGACCCAAGAGGCCUUCAAGGCCUACCUCACCGCCCUGUUCCUGACCAGCGUCCUCGUACCCGGUUUAGUCAUUGUUGGUCUCUACGCUGGCCUAGCACGUCGCUAUUGGACUGCUCAGGCUAGCUUGGGACGAAGCAGCCGUUCAGCGAGAAGACGAGGCUUAAAACAAAAGGUUGUAACAAUGAUUUUUUGUAUCAUUGUAGCGUACUGGGUGUGUUUCCUGCCUUUCUGGGGGUGGCAGUUGGCACAGUUAUUUUCCCCACAGUCCCUCAGGGCUCUGUCUCCUGCCACUCACAGUUACAUGAAUUUCUUUGUAACGUGUCUGACCUAUGGGAAUAGCUGCAUUAACCCUUUGUUGUACACCCUCCUGACCCGGAACUAUAAGGACUAUCUGGCUCAGAAGGGUCAGAGCACAGGGUCAAGUAGGGGAGACCCGGCAGCCGGAGCACCCCUACAGGAUCUGUAAUCAGAGUAGAGGUGACCUGGGGUCAGCAGCCGGAGCACCCCUACAGGAUCUAUAAUCAGAGUAGAGGUGACCUGGGGUCAGCAGCCGGAGCACCCCUACAGGAUCUAUAAUCAGAGUACAGGUGACCUGGGGUCAGCUGCCGAAGAACCCCUACAGGAAAUAUAGGAGAAGAGGGGGGAAGUAUUUUGAUGUGACACAAGUAGGAACUAUUAUACUUGACUUAAAUCCUUUUUAUCCUGGGGAGGAUAGGUCAUCCAUGCAGGAACUAUAAAAGAGGGGGAGUUAUUCUGACAAGAGCACUAUUCCCAAAGCAUUUCUGAUACAGCAUUUUUAUCUUUUCACUCUGAGGAGUACCUUGGAUUUGGUGAAAACAUGAGGACAUUUCUUUAUAGCUGUUGGGGCAAGAGCAGCCUCCAAAACAAACAAAUCGUUUUGUGAGUAGUUAGUGCAGCAUAAACUUGCCCCAACAACAUGGCUUACUCUAAACUCAGUAGUUUUUGUAUUUUUACAUCAUCUGAAUAUUAUUGGUAUAUAGUUAUACAGGUGUUGGAUCUUCAUUUGUGCCAGUUUGCUACAGCAGGAAAAUAACCCUGCAGCAACAGGAAAAGUGAAUUAUUAUGUGGAUUAUAAUUAAUGGACGUUUUCUGUAGGGAUUGAUAGAUUUUUCAUAAGGGAAAAUCAAGUCUGAAAUGUCAAAGUGGAAAUUACAAAUUUAAGAAACAUUUUUAUGACUCAAAGGCUUGUUAAACCUCAAACCUCUAAUUGUUUAAUUUCACACAUUACAGGAAAGUUGUCCCGCAACAGAGUGAUCAGAUUAAGAUCCUACAUCUGCAGCAAUAGCUGUUUGACAUAUAUUUUGCCAGGGGAUUCCAGUUUGCAUUCAUCAUGUAGGCUGCUGUAUUUCUUGUCACAUAUUGACAUGACAUUUAACCAGUCACUGUGUAUUUUGUUUCUUACUUCGAUGUUGUUGUCAUAUUGCCAAAAAUGUGUCAAGCUAAUGUUCUUGGUUGGUUUUUCUCAUCUUGUAUUAUUUUAUUACAUGAUUGUUCUAAUAAAGUUUUGACAGAUUGAUUUAGAGGUAAAAUGACUACGAUAUUGCCCUCUGCUGGCAAAGGUUUUAGAGUAAGUUAACUUUCACAUACAGUGUAAUGUGUGGCAAUCAUGCCAUCACAUUUAUCAGCGGUUGUAAGAAUGCACUGUGUGUCCUGUUGGUGGCUAGUUUCCUCACUCUAGGUGUCUAUGAUGGACCCCACUGACACACA